GGCAGAAGCGUGGCGUGACAGCGCCUGGAGAAGACUGCAGGACACUGCCGCCGACAAGCACCUGCAGUAUGUACGCCCGCCGUCUGCUGGUGCUGCUAGUGGCGGCGUCGACGUCGUCAUCAUGGGGGCAGGACCACGGGCCGCCCGGCCAGGAGACGACGGUGGCACGACUGCCGCUGGAGGCUGUGCCCUACCACUACGAGCUGGAGCUGGCGCCCUACUUCCAGCCAGAGGGGGACUUCCAGGCGCUGGACGUGGACGGGCAGGUCACCAUCCACCUGGAGGUGCAGGACAGCCAGACGGACACGAUUACACUGCACGCCGGUGAUUCGGUGACCAUAGACCCAGCUGACAUCAGGGUGAGGAGUACUGCUGAGGACGGCAGCGAGCAGGAGUUCACAGUGGACGACGCGACGCGGGACUGGGACACCGAGAUGGUCAACAUAUCGCUGGGCACGCAGCUGUCUGGAGAACUGAGCCUGGUCGUGCCAUUCCGGUCCCGGCUGCGCACCGACAUGGACGGCUUCUACCUCAGCGAGUACCAGGCCGGUGGGCAGACCAGGUACCUGGCGGCGACGCAGUUCGCUCCCAUGAGCGCCCGCAAGGCUUUCCCCUGCUUCGACGAGCCGGCGCUCAAGGCCAACUUCAGCGUGGCCGUGUACCCGCCCGCCGGCUACGGCGCGCUCUCCAAUGGCGCCCUCGACUCGGCGCCAGCUGCCGCCAACCGGCCCAGUCGCAGGUACGCCCUCGAAAAAUGUGCUGUGUAA